GGCCUCCGUUGCCAUGGGAGCGGGCGCCGUCGGUUGGGGACAGUGAGAGGCCUCGGCGCCGCCGGCCGCCAUCAUGGACGACUGCGACCUGAAGAAGCUGGUGGUGUCUCCCGGCACCCUGGAGCCUCCCUUCCAGCCCAAGAUCACCCAGUACAAGCUGACAGUGGGCGUGGAGGCGCUGAAGGCCACCGUGAACGCGAUGCCCAGCGGCAACGGGGCCUCGUACCAGAUCCUGGGUGCUGCUGGGAGUAAAUCUGUUCCCCUUAAAGAAGGUGUAAAUAAAAUUAUAAUUGAAGUUGCAGCUGAGGAUGGAACUCUGAAGCAAUAUAUAGUAGAGGCAACCAAGCUUACCGCCAGCACUCCAUUGCUAAGUGGACUGAAAAUAGCUGAAAAUUUGCCGCUUGAUCCUGCGUUUUCAAUGUCUGUGUAUGAAUAUACAUGUACAGCACCAAUCCAUAUGACCUCUGUAAUUGCUCAGCCAACAGUGCCAGACAAUAAUAUGGCAGUUAUUGUUAAUGGGUCAGAUGUCAGUAACCCGGUGCAGCUAUUAAUGGGAAAUACCAAAGUUGAAGUGAAUGUUACAUCAGCAAAUGGCACUCAAUCCCAGAUAUAUCGGAUUAUUGUUGUUCACGCACGCUUUCCAUGGUCCAUCACUUUUGCGCAUCCAAGUGAUGCUGCUGAGUUUGAGUGCCCUAUAAUCCUCAAGGCUUUCUACCAGCCAGUCUCUAUCAAAGGAAGUGAUCACAAGCACAUUUUCUCAGAAUCAGUUGUUAAAUUCCUCACUCGAAAGACAAUGUGUGAUCCUAUCGAUGAAACUCCCUUUGCUCAAGAUUGGUAUGUCCCAGAAUACGAAUUGGACAGAAGAAUGAUGGAUGCCACUAUUUAUUGUUGCUUCAAAUAUCGAGGUUGUCCAAAUGCGAUGGCACUGUCAGAACUCGGCACCCAUAUACAGCAGUGUUCAUUCCGGCCACCAGCAGAAUUGGAUGCUAAGGACGUUACAGGGACUUCAUGGUAUCAAACCGAAUUUGGCCUCACACCAAAGCUAAAACAUGCGAUAAAACAUUCUGUAGAGGCGCGUAACUGGGAAAAGAAUCUUCGAGAUCAAGUUCAUGGAGAUAAUGCUGCCAUGCUCUCCAGCGAUGCCGAGAAUUUCAUAAAAACAUACAGAGCAAUGGUUUCCAAAUCAGGCACGUUUUGUGACGUUCCAUGA